UUUAUAUUUGGCUUAAAGGAGACGCAACAAAGCGCACAAAAUGGUUGCGCACAGGGCCCGGGCGAAUAAGUAGGUUUACUAUAGCUUUAAGAAAGAGAACUAGUGUCUGCUUCUUUAAAAUUAUAUUGGUUUAUUGCUGAAUAGAUAAUUAGGAAAAGUUUUCAAUUCCUAAUCAAUAAAUAUAUGCAUUUAAUUUGCGACGCUGCCAACAGAAAAUGCAGCACUGUUGGAUAAAGGCCGCUUUCAAUCAAAGCGUCUUUAAAGCAGAUGAGCUCAGUUUUUACUCAAUUUGCAAGUAAACCUGCUCGACUAGAAGUCACUUUGAGGUUAGCUCAAGCAUCUUCACGGUGAUGGACCCGGCGGGCGACCGAGCCAGGGAUGUAAAUACAGGUGAAGAAGCGACGGGGGACAAGGCCGCAGAGCAGACCCCGGUCACUGGUACGGCCGGUACGCCGCGCAGGGCGCUCAGAGAGCGGGGAGCGGGCCGCCCGAGAUCCGGCGUCUCCCCCUCAGUAACGGAAGUGAACGGCGCUGCGGCGUCGAGUCCGCAGACCUCUGGACGGGUGUUGAGGGACAGGUCAACGAGGGCAGUGCCGGCCUGGCUGAAGGACACCAGAAGCGACGAGGACGAGGAAGAACCAAGCCUCGACAGUGGAGCGACCAAGCGGAGGAAAGUCUCCAACUCCAGGCGGAAGAAAUACCCUGAAUCUGCGGGACCUUCUGAAGCCGGAGGGGCGACAGCAGGAGACAGCCUUCAAGGCACAGACUCGCAGGACGCGAACAAACCUGCCUCAGAUGCUCAAGGACUUCCUUCCAGACGCGUCCCUGCCCAGACUCGUGCCAAAGCACCACCUGACAGGGCCGUCCGUGGCUCUGCCAAGCCUGUGUGCAAGACCGAGCCGGGGAUGGACAAUCCAGUUGCAGCGGACGGAGAAGUGAACAAUGCAAAGAAGCUUGAUAUUGAAAAGAAAGAGGAGGAAAGCGAGCAGGCUGUUGAAGUCACCUUGCAUGAUGAAGACCCUCCAUUUCAGGACGACCCCGAUGACCCCAACUACCAGCCACAGAGCCAGAGUGCUGUGGAGGAGGAGGAAGGCCUCAGCAGUGACGAAGACGUUCCCUACAGAGACGAUUUGAAUGACCAGAGCUACGACCCCAAGUCUGAAAGGGAUGUCCCGAAACCAAAGCGCAAAGUUCCUCCAAAGCAGAAGGAGAGGAAAGAAAAAGAGAAGGCACCGAAGAAGGAGAAAGAAGCCGCUGAGAUAAAAGUGGAAGGUUCAGACAACGCGGAGAGCGUGCAAGAGGAGGUGAAGCUGGAAGAGGAGAUCGUGGAGGAUCCGGAUGGACCCAGGAAGAGAGGUCGACGCAAAAAAGAUGACAAAACCCCCCGACUGCCAAAGAGAAGGAAGAAGCCCCCCGUGCAGUAUGUGCGCUGUGAGAUGGAGGGAUGUGGGACGGUGUUGGCUCAUCCUCGCUAUCUCCAGCACCAUAUAAAGUAUCAGCACUUACUGAAGAAGAAGUAUGUCUGCCCUCAUCCUUCCUGUGGAAGACUUUUCCGACUCCAGAAGCAGCUGCUGCGGCAUGCAAAGCACCACACAGACCAACGGGACUACAUCUGUGAGUUCUGUGCUCGUGCCUUCAAGAGUUCCCACAACCUGGCUGUGCACCGCAUGAUCCACACCGGAGAGAAGCCUCUGCAAUGUGAGAUCUGUGGCUUCACGUGCCGCCAGAAGGCCUCUCUCAACUGGCACAUGAAGAAGCAUGACGCCGACGCCACCUACCAGUUUUCCUGCUCCAUCUGCGGCAAGAAGUUUGAGAAGAAGGACUGUGUGGUGGCCCACAAAGCCAAGAGUCACCCAGAGGUGCUGAUCGCCGAAGCGUUGGCGGCGAACGCGGGCGCCCUCAUUACCACCCCCGCUUCCAUGCUGGAGCUGCCCGGAAACCCGAUGCCGGCCGAGGUCGCCAGCCUGGACGUGAGCCAGGCCGGGCCGGACGGCCAGGUGGAGCCGCUGAACCAGGAGGGGCAGCAGGUCGGGCAGCACGUGGCUCAGGUGUCCCAGAUGGGACAGGUGACUCAACAAGUGAGUCACCAGGUGGUUUUGCUCGGACAAGACCAGAGCCUUCACACGAUGCAGGUGCCAGUGACAAUCGCCCUGUCCCCGAUCGACCCCCCCUCUCCGGCCGACAACCCGCAGCAGCAGACCCACCUGCAGCUCCAGAUGCCCGUCCAGUUUGUGCAGACCGCUCAGCCGCCGCAGCAGCCUCAGAUGCAGCAGCUCACCCUCCAUUCCAGCCCGGUGGUGACCCAGCAGCAGCCGCAGCUGCAGCCCCUGCAGUCCUACGCCUCCCAGCAGCAGGGCCAGGGGCAGACGCAGAUCCUGCAGAUGACCUUUCAGCCCGUCAGCCAGUCCCAGACUCACAUUCAGCAGAUCCCCAUUCUUACCACGUCUCAGCAGCUCCAGACUCUGCAGACCGCCACCCCGCACCCCCACCCCCACACCCAGCCACAGGAUCCCAUCUCCACCAACGCCAACGGCUUCAUCCUGGACAAUUCCGUGCUCUCGUCCUCCGGCCCGCCGGCCAGCUCUCUCCAGCAGACGGAGGUGGUGGGGGAGGACGGCGUGGUCUGGGAGCAGGCGGGACAGGGCGAAGUUCUGGCUGACGGCACUGAGAGACACGUGCAGCACACCCUCAUGUGAAACGUGGACGGUGUAGCGGAAUAGAAAAUAACCUAAUAUUCUGUAUUGAAGUAAAUGUAGGAUCACCGGUGUGUUACGUACCGUUCACACAUUGUCAUAUUUGGUAGCUUUUUAGAAUAUCUGUAUCAGGGAAAGAUAUGUAUGUGUUUGUAUGUGGUUGUUGUUGCCUUUGUACAUACCAGUCCUGUAACUAGCUGUGUGUAUGCGUGCGUGCUUGUGUGUGUGUGUGUGUGUGUGUGUGUGUGUGUGUGUGUGUGUGUGUGUGUGUGUGUAUCCAUGAGGUAAUGCUCAAUAGAUGUUGCUAUUAUGCAAAAUUUUAGCAUUUCUCUUGAUAUACAGCACAGCAAAAACCCAGUGAGGCCAACCAUGAUCCUAACUAUUAAUUUAUAUGACAGGUCAACAGAAACCACACAUUACAAAGCUACAAACCUCCCUAAUACCAGUGAGGUGACUAACUUUUGUUGGAAACACUGGGCAGGCAUUAACUUACUGGCCCACUGUACUGUGAAGUUUUUAUUUCAUCUGUGCAAAAAAAAAAAAAAAAUCCUCAAAUGAAUAUAAAUUCACAAAGUGAGUUGACACGUUUGUUAAAAAAAAAACUAAAGCAAACUUUA